CUGGUGCAGUCCUGUGAGAGGAGGCGGCAGCAGCAGGGAGGAGGAGAGGAGAGGAGCGCGGCCGGGACUCAGGAGGAGGAGGAGAGGACGGAGAAGAGGAGGCGGAGGAGGAGGAACAGCGUUUAACUUCACAGCGGGUUAACUCAACAUGUCGGGCUGAACUCGUCCUCACGAUGUGAAGUUUAAACGGAGCUUUUAUCGCGGAACGUCCGCAGGAUUUAACCCACCGGCGGAGCGCCAUGGACGGGACAGCCGGAGCGGCAGCUCCCCUGUGACGGUCCGACACGGAGCUACAGUGCGGAGUUCACACGGUGACAUUAAUUACCUUUCAAAAUGGCGUCUUUUUUUAAUCUACUUUAACAUAAAUGAAGUUUAAACCGGACGUCAGCUAACGGCCACACACAGACAGGUCAGACUGAAGCUAGCUUAAAGCGCUGUCAGAUGCCUCUGCUCACUGGGAGGGCUACUGGUUUCUACUGGUUUCCACCGUGUGCGGCUUGUUUACUGUAAAACAAGAGUUUAUGGAUUUCCUCCCGCGUCACUGUGAGUAAACAACAACAACAAACAUGUAUGCAGGACGGAAGAGAAGAAAACCGGCUCAGAAAGGAGUCAAACCGACCCCAGCUGAAGGCACCAAGUCCAACCCGUCCAAACGCCACCGUGACCGCCUGAACUCGGAGCUGGACCGGCUCGCCAGCCUGCUGCCCUUCCCCGAAGACGUCAUCUCCAGCCUGGACAAGCUGUCCAUCCUGAGGCUGAGCGUCAGCUUCCUCCGCACCAAGAGCUUCUUCUCCGUGGCGCUGAAGAAGAACCAGCUGUCCAACGGCGUGAAGAAGAGCAGCGAUCACAGCGGUGGUCGCGUACCUGAGGGGGAGCUGCUGCUGCAGGCCCUGAAUGGCUUCGUCUUGGUGGUGACAGCUGAGGGAAUCAUCUUCUUCUGCUCUCACACCAUCCAGGAUUACCUCGGCUUCCAUCAGACUGACGUGAUGCACCAGAGUGUGUUUGAGCUGAUCCACACUGAAGACCAGCAGGAGUUCAGGAGCAACCUGCACUGGGCUCUCAACCCCCCUGCAGGCCUCAGCCCCCCCACAGAUCCCUCACCAGAUGGCGAGUCGGUGUCGACCUCUUCCUGCCUGGUGAGCUACAACCCCGACCAGCUCCCGCCUGAAAACUCGUCCUUCCUGGAGAGAGGCUUUGUCUGCCGCUUCCGCUGUUUGUUGGAUAACUCCUCCGGCUUCCUGGCGCUGAACAUCCAGGGGCGGCUCAAGUUCCUCCACGGUCAGAGCCGGCAGCAGUGCGACAGCGAGGGGAGCACCCCGCCUCAGCUCGCCCUGUUCGCCAUCGCCACGCCCCUACAGCCUCCGGCCAUCUUGGAAAUCAGGACCAGGAACAUGAUCUUCAGGACCAAACACAAGCUGGACUUCACACCCAUGGCCUGCGACGCAAAGGGUAAAAUUGUUCUGGGCUACACCGAGGCGGAGCUGAGAGUUCGAGGUUCGGGUUACCAGUUCAUCCACGCUGCCGACAUGCUGUACUGCGCCGAGAAUCAUGUCCGAAUGAUAAAGACGGGCGAGAGCGGCCUCACCGUCUUCAGGCUGCUCACGAAGGACAACCGGUGGAAGUGGGUCCAGGCCAACGCCAGGCUCGUCUACAAGAACGGCAAGCCGGACUACAUCAUCGCCACCCAGAGGCCCUUGGUGGACGAGGAAGGAGGGGAGCACCUGAGGAAGAGAUCGAUGCACCUUCCCUUCACCUUCGCCACAGGAGAGGCGAUGCUCUACCAGACCGGUUACCCGCUGCACGGCUUCCCCGAUUCCUUCCAGGGCAAAUCCAAAGGCAGCAAGUCCAAGAAAGGCAAACUGGACAAGAGCUCCUCAGACGACCUGGACCCAAAGUCGCUGCUGGGAGCGCUGAUGAGCCAGGAUGAGUCCGUGUAUGUCUGCCAGCCGGACACGGAGCCUAAGAUGUCGUACCACAGCAGCCUUUUUAGCGAGCAGCAAGGUGACGGUGGCUGUGGUUUGUUAGGCGGUGACAGCUGGCAGAUCCCGUCUAACGGGGACGCAGAGAGAUGCAACAGCAAAGCAUCAAGUUACGACCCACUGCUGGCCACUUUGGACUCCCUGUCUCUGGACGGAGACGAGACGUGCUCCAACAGCGAGCUCUUUAGCGCCCUGGAGAAUCUCGGCCUGAACGCCGAGGACCUGGAGCUGCUGCUGCUGGAUGAGAGGAUGAUCCAGGUGGAGCUGGGCCCCAACCACAUCCCGACGCUUAACGACCUUCUCACCAAUAACGAAAUCCUCUCCUACAUCCACGACUCGCUGGAGACCGCGACAGAAGGAGGGGACAGAGGUGGACUUGGACCGCAGAACACAGACUCCGCCCCCCAGCAGCCACAGACGUGCCCUGCACCCGCUGUCCCUCCACCUCUCCCCAUCACCCAGCUGUCACAACAGAUGCAGCAACACAUCAGUGCAGGCGAGCUGGCGAAAACUCAGCCUGUCAUUCAGUCUGUCUCCCAACCUGCGGACGCCAAGGUUUUAACUAACGGUCACUGGGUGGUGACGACAGGGAACCACCAUCACCCCAACAACCACACCCACCAUCACCCACAUACUGUGCUCAAAGCCUCACAGCUGAACGGUGAACAUAAACACCUUAACGCGCUCCUGGAGUCCAGCCAGCAGUGGCAGCUACAGCAGGACCAGCACCCGCUCCACCUCCAGUCCCAUCAGCAGCUCAGCAGCCAGAGUGCUCCACCACCCGCCUUCCAGAGUCAGCUCGGACUUACCACUAACGGAUCUUACAUCCCAAAUGGACACGCAGCCUUUCCACCCAAUGUGGAGGUCGGCCACGCAGGCUACAACCUCUCCAACGCACUGCACGUAGGUGCUGCUGCGCUGAACGGCGUGACCACACCAGACGUCUGUCACUACCAGAGUCGGCCGUACCAGCUGCACCAGAAACACCAGCAGCAGGUGCCACCAUCCUGUUUGCCCCAGAGCUCUGCGCUGGAGUUGGAGCAGUUACUGGGUCUGUCGCAGCCACAGCACAGCCUGCCGUCGUUAGAGGCUUACAGCAUGUUCAACACCACCACACAGGAACCCUCUCACAGCAAGCUGGAGAACGGCUGCCUCCUCAGUGCCACCAACGCAGCGUACAUCAGGACGUGUCUGAUGCCUAAUGGAAACGGAGUGGCGACAGGCGAUAUCCCCGAUGGACUCCCUGCCCUGCAGGACCCCCAGAAAUCUGGAUUUUUCCUCUGAAAGGAUGAUGGCAGAGUGUCAGAGGAGAAGAGAAGAGAAGGUAGAGAAGAGGCUCAGAAAGGACUUUGCACUCGUGCUACUCUGAGAACCAACCAGGAAAGACGUUUUAUAUCUGUCACGCAUUUUAGUGUUGCUAGCCGCUCGCUCACUGAACGUUUCAUUUUCAUGUUUGGAUAAGAUUUCUGCUCUUUGCUGCCAGUCAGGUGUUUCCUGGUUGCUGGAGCAUGAACCUGACAGGAGCGUCGCUCUCUGACCUGUAUAUACACCGGAGAGACACUCAGCGAGGCCGCUCACUUUAUUAAACCGGGCUCUUUUUAUCUGGUGCUCAGAUAAGUUAAAAAAGAACGAGGAGUUCCUCUUUUGUUGGAUCACUAAAACUGUUCAACAGAGAUAAACUCAGCUCAGACAAUCAGUACGUUAGCUAAGGAUGCACGAUUAGAGGACAAUUUGUGCUAACGUUAAAUAUUGCGAUGACAGUAUUACUCGUGAUGAAUAAACAGAUGUUAAAGUGUAGUCUGCCAAUGCAAAGGAAUAAUAGUUACAGUUUAAAGUGCAGUUGCUGCUCUAAAACUCUCUUUCAACCGACUCCAAAAAUGCCAGAUUGAAAUCUCGCACUUAUAAUGACUGUAAUAAAAACAGUAUCGUGUGCAGCACCAGUUUUAGCACCAUAUAAUGUUGGAGCUGGGCUAUUUAAAGUGCUGUCUACAUAUAUACAGAUAUUUUUCUACAUUUUGGCCUCUUGUCCGCGCACAAACACACUUGUCUUGUGUUGGUUGAACACUCAACGAAGGUCCAGAAGGAUCGAAACAUUGGUGUCACUAGUAAAUUGUGAAGCUGAAGCUGUUCAAGACUCAACUGAUAUUUUCCAACGUUCCUGCGUCUGAGACAGGUGGAUGUCCUGAUACCUUUCUUCAAACCGAGAGUGGGAUUGUUGUCAAUGAAGGCUUUGCUUUGGCUUUGAGUGAGCUCCUUUGUCCUCACAUCGAAGGGGAAUAAACCGUCAUGAAAUCUACAGUCGUCGUUUUUAGCCUUUACACUUCACUACCUUUGCGACGAGGGGAGAAUGUGGGAGUCAUUUUUGCGUUCUCGUGUGUACGGCUAUGUUUUGUAAAUCAAAAGUUGUGUGGACAAAAGGUGAAAAAAUCAGUUUCAAAAAUAUCUGUAUCCAUGUAGACAGGGCCUUAAUUGUCUCACCUUCGUAAUGUGCGUCCUUCACAUCACUGCUGACCAUUUCCUAAAGCGUACUGUGCGUUUUAAGCAAGUAAAUAAAGCUGCAUAAGAUUGACAAGCUCCAGCAUCUAAAAAGGUAGACUGUAAUUGCUAAACCAACGACUGCCUGCAAACUAAGGAAUAUUCCACCUUAAAGCUCCAGUGGGUAAGAUUAAGGGCGGUAUAUCUGCAGAAACUGAAUAUAAUAUAAUAAGUAUGUUUUCUUUAGUGUAUAAUCACGUGAAAAUAAGAAUUGUUGUGUAUUCGUUAGCUUGAAAUGAGCUGUUUAUAUCUACGUAGGAAGCAGGUCUUUGCUUAUGUGGAUUGCCUAGCAGAAGUCCGCUGUCGUACAUAUCUUAUUACUCUAAUGGUAUGUUAGUAGCAAGCAUAAUAGUAGCUAACGUUACUGUUACGUUGUAGAUGCCGGUUGGAAAUGUAAAUGGCUCGCGGCUUACUGUUUAGAAAAGUUACGUAUGCGUGAACGUAACCAACGCGGUGGUGUCCCAAUUCCUAGGGAAAGAUUUCAUAUUUUGUAGGAUCCACGCUAAAAAUGUACGUACGGACAAAAGCCAAAAAUAUUGUGCGCCAAAAAAUAUUUAACAAUUCCGACAAUCAAGCUUCCAUCUGCGUCGCCAAUGUCUUGUCUCCAGAAUGUUCGUAAACGUGGGUCAAGUCUGUUUUUACAGAUCACAACUUUUGUGUGGGAAGUGAUGUACGCCUCUUUCAGGCCUCGUUUGUGCGUACGCAAUGUCAAUAAGGUUUUAGCUGGUCGCAAUCUGUAAAUCCGUCUAAAUCUUACACGCUUGUCCGUUAAAAAAACGAUGGUAUGCUUUUAAAAAAUGGUCUGCAGUGAUACGUAAAGACUUGAUUUGCAGUUAACGGGCUGCAAUGAAGCCUCCAGUGGAGAUUUUAUAACGUCUCUACAGUGUUUAGAUUGAGAACAUUUGUGUGUGAUGAAAUAACAGUCACAAACUUUGUAUAAUAACAAGCUGCUUUCACUGGUGUGUGCGCACCAUUCAACAUGUCUGCUGGUAACCUGCUUGUGUUUCCUCAUACAGGAAUGUUAAUCAUGUGGAGAGGGAAUGUUAAAGACAUUCAGACAAACAGCCACGAGAUUCGGACCGAACACACCAACAGAUUAUUUAGACGUCAGUGUUUGUAGUUGUAGCCGACCUGUAGGGUUCGUAGAUGUCGUUCGUCCUGGUGCUUUAAAUGUCGACAAAACAGCAUUUCAUUCUUAUAUCGUUGAGAUGAGAUUCAAACAGGUGGCGAAGGGUUGAAAUCAGAAAGUUUUUAUUUAUUGCCGUAGAGAAACCAUGUUGCGUCCGUGGCUGCGGCGUCACCGCGUUUAUCCUAAUGCUGCAUUCUAGCCUAUUUGAGGUUUACAAUGAUGUUGUGCACUUACAUGUAUAUUAGCGGCAGAAUCAGAGGAUCUGAUUUGUCCGUCAGUGGCACUGAACUCAAACCUAAAAAAAAGCAUUUUUGUUUCCUGACCGGAGACAGUGUGAAAAUCUCCCGUUAAUGCCUUGUCUCGGCGGCCUCGGGCCAGUCAGACUCCCGCUUACUUUCUCCUGCAGUCGUGUCGCGUGGGAAACGCUGAGUGCACUCACAUGCACACAGUAAUCCAUUAAGGACCUAAUUGUAAAUAAUAGAUUACAACUGAAGGCUGAAGAGGAAGCGCAUGGACGUAUUUCUGGAGUUUUUGUUUUCCUGUGGUCACAAAUGAUUGAGAGAAUAUAUGCACUUACUAAAAUGUAGGAAACAGUCUCUUCUUUUUUUAACUUUAAUCUCUGGUCAUUAUGUUCAUGUGUGGAAAUCAAUUUAAAGUGAAGAUCAGAGGCAAAGUGAAAGUGCUCCCUGAUCUGUAGCAUCAGCUGGAGACUCAAACCAAACCAUGCUAGCCAGGCCAGGCUAAACAGAGCUAACAGACGGACACAAGCUCAGACAAAGAGUUGUGUCCUUCCUUUGCAGUGUAGACUUUCCUACAGGACUGGGAAAUGCUCACAUACAGAGAUGAUGUGUUUCAACUUCUGUUAAAGGGUAAGUUUGGUAUUUUUCUACCUCUGUUUUCCAAUGUGACGAAUGGGAACAGCAGUUUUUGAAACUGGUCCAUUACAGGCUGCAAUAUAACCACUCUGAGCAUGUUUGCACCGCCAAUGUACGUCCACUAAAAGGCUCAGAUUGUUAUUCUAAGUGUCUGACAUCUAGGGCUGUCCCAAACAAUUAUUUUUCCAACGAUUAAUCUAGUGAUUACUUUUUCGAUUAAUCGACUAAUCUAACAAUUCAUUUUUCAAUUAGUUUAACGAUUAUUUUUUCAAUUAUCGAUUAUUUUUCCAUUAUUUGAUUAAUGAGGCAAUUUAAACAAUAUUAAUUCCAAAACAUUUCUUAUUAACAUUAACAUUUAUUGAAACAUCAGUUUCAAUGUUUCCCCUACCAUUAUAUUAGCCCGCCCCCCUUGAAGGUCAAGUUAAUUUUAUUUAAUUUUAUAUUCUACGUAAAUACGUUGACGCUAAUAAUUCGCGUCGACGUAUUUACGUAGUCGAUGACGUCAACGCUAAUAAUUCACGUUGACGUAUUUACAUCGUCGAUGACAUCGACGCUAAUAAUUCAUGUCGAAGUAUUUAUGUAGUCUAUGACGUCGACAGUAAUAAUUUGCGUCAACGUGUUUAUGUGGUCGACGACGUCGACGCUAAUAAUUCACGUCGACGUAUUUACAGAGUCGAUGACAUUGACGCUAAUAAUUUACGUCAACGUACUUACGUAGUCGAUGACAUCGACGCUAAUAAUUCACGUCGACGUAUUUACGUGGUCGAUAACUAAUAAUUUGUGUCGACGUAUUUACAUAGUCGAUGACGUUGACGCUAAUAAUUAACGUCGAUGUACUUACGUAGUCGAUGACAUCGACGCUAACAAUUCACGUCGACGUAUUUACGUGGUCGAUGACGUCAACGCUAAUAAUUCACGUCGAUGUAUUUAUGUAGUCGAUGACGUCGAUGCUAAUAAUUCGCGUCGAUGUAUUUAUGUAGUCGAUGACGUCGAUGCUAAUAAUUCGCGUCGACGUAUUUAUGUAGUCAAUGACGUCGACGCUAAUAAUUCUCAUUGUACUAGCCCCUACCCCUUGACAGACUGUGCUACGUUCCGCAACCUCUCUUACCUUUUUCAGUCAAAUAAGUGUCAAAAAGGUGAAAUAUUCAAUAUACGAGUUUUUCUCUUUCACCAAACUAAGACUGAAGCUAGCUCAAUUUUCUGUUAGCUUAUCGUAAAACACACUUUAUUCAAACUCAAAUCCAUCGUAGUUAUUCUUGUUAGCCAUCUACGUAGUUCAUCAUUUCAUAAUGUUGUCAGAGACUUAGAAUAACAGUCUGAGCCUGUCAGUGACAAAAACAAACUGUCAGUGGACGUAAAUUGACGGUGCAAACAUGUUCGGAGUGGUUAUAUUGCAGCCUGUUUUGUCUCUAUUAUUACUCGUGGGACAACAGGGUGCAGGUUGAAAAAUCCAGAACUUACCCUUUAACCCACAAGAUGUAGGGUCUGAAAGUGUCCUACUUCAGUCGUAGCAUCAAACCAGACACUGUAACAAACACCACUGCACACGCUGAGACUUUAUUCAGCUGUCCUGAGGACAGUUUAGUGUCUUUGUUGUCUUUGUUUUUGUUUGAAUGUCACACAGUCAAACAAACUCGUCACCAGACUUCCUCUAAACAGUAAAACGAAACUGGAUUCCUUCUUGAGUCGUCACCUGGACACGAAAGCUCGUGCUGCGUUCACGUCACGUCAGAUAAGCUGUGAAUAACAAGCAGCUUCUUUACUGGAGAUUAUGUUGAAGAAAAUGAUUUAAUGUCUGAAUAUCAAGAGCUGUGAUUUCUAAUUUUUAAUUUAGUGUAAAAUCAAAAUAAUCAGGUCUGACGUGACGUGAACGCAGCGUCGCUCACUUCUUAAAGGCGUAAAAACGACAGGCUGGACAGCAUUUAGCAUUUAGCACCGCCUCCAAAACCAAAUGAGAAACAUGUGAACACACGUGUGUCUGCAGUCGCUCCAUCGUUGAAUGUCUUGUGUAAACCGUAACGGAAAAACAUGAAGCUUUUAUUUCACUACAAAAAAGGUGCUUCGAAGUGCUCUGUGGAUUUCAGUAGUGUUAGCUGAUGACGAACGUCACGACAACAAAAUGCAUUUACAGAUUUUUGCCUCUUUUUGUUUUUGUAAACUGACUUUUGGUAUAAAACAGAAUAUUUAAACCAGUUGUGAGAUCAAAUGCUGUAUGAAAGAUUAUAAAAUGGCAACCAUAUUCCAAGGCGCUUUAAAAACAUUAAAAAAAAAAAAGGUUGUGUGUAUAUAACUGUGUUUUUUAUGGCGUUGUUGCAAGCACUACUUUACAAUCACUGCUCUUACAAACUCUUUCUCCGGCACUGAAAGUAGUCUUGUAGAAGAAAAGCAUUUUAUGACUCCAUGUUGUGUGAAUAUUGUUCCCAAGAGUCGUGUUUUAUCUUUGUGUCAUGUUCGUCACUUGAGCUCAAAAGAAAAAACGGUGCCAUAACGGUAAGAUGUCCAUCAUCCGAACACUUGAGCUACAUUUUACAUGAACGUCUUUUUUUUAAUCCACUUUGUCCACCAGUGUUUUAUAUUUUCAUUGUGUUCAUCAGUCGAACUCUGGAACCAAACUCUCUGUACGCUGUUUUCUCGUGGUUCUUUUUUUCUUGUUCUGUUUUUUAAAGCACACAGACUUUAUUUUGCUACUUUUAUCACUGAAGGUCGUAGCUGUCUUUUUAAAAAUGCAGUCUGUCUUUGAGCCGUGUGUUGAAAAUGUGCUCUUGGAUCCUGGAAAUAAAGGAUUUUGUGCAAUCA